AUGCUUGAAAUAAUUCCAAAUAUCAAUGAACAAACAGAAGAAAUUGAAAAAGAUGGCGGUAAUGCUUUGAGCAAGAAGGCAACCAAGCGAAACAUGGGGGGGGGGGGCACCUCGGAUGUUGUUGGCUUUGCUGAGAUAUUCGAGAAAAUUAGUGAUGUACAACAACAAAUGUAUAACAAGUUCGAAUACCUUUAUGAUGAAAUAAGUCGAAUCAAAGCUAAAACUGGCGAUCAGCCGGUUAAGAUCGACAGAAAUAAAUUUGCUCAAGGCCAACAAGGAACUUAA